UUCAUAUAACUAGCGCAGUGGUUCGUCUUAAAGCAUUAGUUUCUUCUCGCUGCGUGUGUUUACAGCCCAACGGACACAGGUAUCUUUUGUGACUCAAUUUACGAAGCCAAAUGUCGACUCGAUGUGUGGUAUCAAGUGCAUAAAGACCCUACUUUUUGCCUUCAAUUUUAUAUUUUGGCUUGCCGGGGCAGCGGUCUUAGGAAUAGGAAUAUGGUACGAGAUAGACCCGGGGCAGUUCAACGCCUUUCUUGGGAAUAGUGGCUACCGGGUUCCCUCCAUAAUCUUAAUGGCGACCGGUGGAUUUGUGAUGUUCGUCGGUUUCCUUGGAUGCUGUGGGGCCAUUAAGGAAAGUCGAUGCCUCCUGGGUUUGUUCUUUGGUUGCUUAUUUUUGAUAUUUGCUGCUGAAGCUGUGGCGGGAAUUCUUGGUUUCCUUUAUCGCGACAGGGUUGAAACUGAGGUGGAAAUCAGACUCAAGGAAGAAAUAAUGACAAAUUAUGGAGUGACAAUCGAUUCAAACACCAAUCAAAACGUGGACAAUUUACAAAUUCGACUCGAAUGCUGUGGCGCCAUUAAUUUUACUGACUGGAGCAAAAGUGAAUGGAAAAAAAACAAUCAAGACAAGAGAGUACCGCUGAGUUGCUGUAAGAAGGAUGAAAGCACAAAAACUUGUAACAAGGCGUCGAGUUUCGAUAAAAACAAAAUUCACACGAAGGGUUGUCUUCAGUCGCUUAAAGAUUUUGUCGACAAACAUCUGGUCGUUCUCGGUAUUGUAGCAGUAUCCAUUGCCGGAAUCCAGUUAAUUGGAAUGAUUUUUGCCUGCUGUCUCUUCUGCUCCAUUGAUGUAUGAAGGAAACGGAACCUAAAUCAAUUGACAUAGGAAUCAUUUAAUGAUACAGCUAUCAGUGAUCUAAGUUCCUUUUAUUUAAUCUAAUUCUUAUGGAAGAAAAGCAAAUGAAGCUUAAAAUGUUAUCUCCGUCUAGACAUUGAUUUUUGUCUUGAAAAUUUUGGUCGAAUUAACCAAGAAGUGUCUGCCUAGAUGCUGCUAUCGAAAAAGGGAAUGCGUUCACGAGCUCUUAAAAUUCUUUCAUAGGAGAGCGCUUUUCAAUUAACUCUCGUAAAACCAAAACAAAAGCAAUCACUAGUAGAUCAGAUCAAAGGAAAUUCCAUAAAAGAUAAAAUAGGAUAUAAGUCCGAUAAGAAUUCGAGGUAAACCGACAAACUUGUUUGACGCGUGGAAAAAACGGUGCUGAUCAAGUCUCCAUUGUCUGUUGUUUUCCAUCUGAUUCGCUGGGAGAGUGGCGCGAGUUUUGUAGACUAGUUGUCACGCAGCGAAUUAAGGUAAAGCCAUUGUAAUCUAUGCCGACUUGGUUAGGCACUGGAGCACUGAGAAGGACAAGGGAGCUCACUGCCUAACGUCACUGCUGGUGUUUUGUUUCUUUGCUGUUUGUUUGGGUUUCGCCUAGAAUAGUAGAUCUCACUCGGCCGAGACACUCGGACCCAGACCUCUCGGUUUUUUCCAUACAGGCCUACUAUACUACUUAUUAAAUUACAAAGUGCGAACGAUAAAAAAAAAGAGGGGUGCAGAAGUGGCGUAUGGGACAUCAAGGGAGAUUGCUGCCUCGUCUCCAAGGCUUCUUUUAUUCUUUACCGCACGAAAGAGAUCGGGAAUGGUAGGAGACCCUCCAUCGAUCACUUUUAUGCUUGAUGACGUUAUUUACUGAAGUUCACCGUGAAGCCUCGUUUACCCUUAGGUUUUAAUGAAUCUUUGCCACACUUUCCUGUUGUUUUCGUGUGGGCAUUCUCGUGAUUUCAGUGUUUUAGGUGAACUUUCUUAUAAAAGUUCACCACUCCCACUCUUGCACGCGGGGCUUACGGUGAAAUAUGGCAUUCGAACGUAAAAAUAUACAAGGCUUUUCUUGAAUAAGUUAUCAGCGUAUUUUACUUUAAUGAGGCGCAUCUCGAUUGAGUUUCUUAAAACCGAAACCAAAGUAAUCACGAAGCCAAUGAGAUUGAAUUAAAAUACCGCGUUUCUCAUUUCCACCGUUUUCUCGUGUCCAGUCUUCGAUCCUACCGAGAAAGAGCGCGGGCUCAAUCUAAACAGGACUGGUAAUCGAGAUAAAUGUCUACAGGAGUAGAUAAUAACUCAAAGUGAAAUCACUUAAUUGGCUCCAAGCGCUGGAAAACGCGAAUUAUCAAGUCUCGAUUGGUUGUAGUCUUGCAUGUGAUUGGCUGAGUAUCGGCGAGAGUUUUUUUUUAACCAAUCGCAAGGCAUAGUCGAAUAAACUCAGUAAUGACUAUCGACACUUAAUCGAGAACCGCUUCAACUUUGAAUAGUUUGAAUGACUAGACCAGACAGGAUAGAUAAUAGAUUAUAAUAUAACUAUCCUUACAACGCUUAAAGCUGGGGUCAAACCUUAAAAAAUGUUUGUAUCACAUCAAAACUAGGACAUCUAAACAGCAAAUAAUGUAAAAAAUAAGUAUAAUUACGUGGCAUACAAAUUCAGUGAAAGGACAAUAAAAAUAGUCACUGACGCGUGA